GCUCCUCUCUCUCUCUCUAUCUGCCUGUGUUUUCUCUAAUGGAGCCUGCUCAAAUCGAUUGGAAGCGAAUCGAUUCUCGUUUUGUUGAAGACGUCUUCUACGAACACAUCCGAGCUCCCAAAUGGGUUGAUUUCUUGGCUCCAAACCAUUUAGACUCCAUUGACGAUGAUGCUUGGUUCUGCAAACCUGACUGUAAUCAUCCCAAGAGACCUGAGGAUUUCCUCUUAACGCCUAAUUCUUCCAAGUGUUCAGCUCUGAGGGAUACGAGUGAGAUUCUAGGAGUUACGGAGCAGAAUCAGAGGAGGAGAGGACAUGCUUUGUCACCUUCUACUUCAAACAACCAAAACAGUGAAAAUCAGAAUCCAAACUUGGCCACGCCUCCAAGCCAACAAGCAAAAUCAUGGCGAGCAGCGCUUAAGUCAACUUCGGUCAAGAAGACGAAUAAAGAAGCACCGAGACUAAAGAGCACACAAUCAGCUAGAAAUCUAUUUUCAGGGAGAGACAUACUUGGCCACAUCUCAGAGUUCUGCUAUGAGUUGAAGAGAUUGGCCACUAGGGUAACUGAGAGAGAAGAUACUGAGAAGUCUCAAGUGAAGGAGAUUCAUCAAGUGGGUGGAAUAAUAAAUCAGCCUUAUUCUGUUCAUGACUUGGAAUUGAAAAAGGAAAGAAAGCCAUUGCUCGAAGUAAGCAAAGAUAAGGUCCAUGAUUCCACGGAUAAUAAAGGAAGCACCUUUAAAGAGAACCGUAGAAGAAAGAAGAGAGUGGAUGAUGCUGAGAAUAUUCCAGUCUCUCUUAAUGUGGAAACUGUAAAUAUCAAAGGAGAGGAUUGUAGAAGAAAGAAGAGAGUGGAUGAUGCAGAGAACAUCCCGAUCCCUCUAAAACUGGAGAAUGUAAAGAACAAAGGACACGAGCGGUUGCUGCAAAUCAGAACAAACCCACCAUCUCCUCAGUGCUUCUCGGAGAACCGGACAGCUUCUUUGAAGGCCUUUAGGGCCAAAACUACGGAAAAGGGAAUGGUCGAAGAAGUGGUGAAGAGAAAGGAAGAGGAGGAAGCAGAAGAAGAGAAGAACAGAAAGAGUGGAGAAAGCAACAAGGAAGGGAGAGGCUUGGACGUUCUCUGGUUCCUAAAGCCUUGCACAAUGGCCAACUAAAAAAAACUUUUCAUUAUCACCAAUUCUUUUUCUUAUAUUGAUUCAUUCUUUUGUUAAUUUCAUUCUAGAUAUUCAACUGUAACUAAGGAGAUGAUGAUGAUGAUGAUGAUCUUGAUCAGAUUCGACAUGUAACUCAGAGCAAUUUAUCAAUUUCACUUUUACAUACAAUAAAAUUUGUUUAAAUAAAGAGUUAAGAGAACAAAAAGAGGGUUUAGAUCCAUCUCUAAUUAUUAAGAUCAACAACAACAACCAAAAAAAA